GUUCAUCAAAAUCACUUGAUGAGAAAGAACAUGAAGAUCAUAUUCUUGGUGUCUUGCCCUACAUCGCUCCAGAACAGUUUCAAAAAGAACCUAACGAAACUGAAGGUUGGAUUAAUAUUUCAGAGUCCAUAUCAGUGCGUUCAACUGUCUUCCAAAAACCUUCGGAUACCGUAUAUAAUGAAACUGAGAAAUUAUUUUCCCUACUUAAAAAAAGGAAAGAUUACAUUGAUCGUAUACUGAAAUCACAACUUGUAUAUGCUAUAGGUCCCGAUUUUCAGAAUGACUAUUCUAUGCCAUAUAUUGCUUGUUGGGUUGCCAAGCCUCUAGAUAAAACAGUCAUGAAUGAAAUUUCAAGCUUGUUUGAUGAUAAGUUCGGAGUCAUAUACCAUCUUGUAAAUGCCAAAGAUAUAAGUAGCCAAUUUGAAACAGAUGAUAAAAAAGAAUCUCGAAAUUUCAAUAUUACUAUUGAUAUCUGGGCAAACGUCGGGUUGGACUCACAUACACGCGCGAAUACUUUAACUGUGGAGUAUCGAAAUUCCUUAGUGAAAAAUGUCAAUUUCUUGAAAGCUUCAUUUGUUACUAUCUUGAUUCGUUCAAAUGAGGCAGACGGUGUACAAUGGUCAUAUCAGUUUACAGGUGAUGACAUGGAAAACAUAGGGAAAGUAUUCCAACGGAUGAAAUCUAUUUUGGUCAUUGAUAUUCUCCCGACGCCAAAGUUGUUACAACAGUAUCCCAAUCUUGUUCACAAACUCGAAAUUUCCUUUAACAAAAUUUCAAAUUUCAAUAAUGACUUUGUAAAACUAACAAGAAGUGUACAUAGCGCACCAAAUCACACUCCAGAAGACAAACAGCCUCCCAUACAAGAGCAUAAUACUGAGUUCAAGUGCAAAUUAUCUUCAUAA